AUAUCUUCUUCUCCCCGGCUAGUGUGUCGGCCGCCUUGGCUGCGUUGUCCGUGGGAGCGCAGGGGGAGACGCACCGUCAGCUUUUCAGUGGUCUGGGUUUCAACAGCUCCCUCCUGACGCAGACAGAUGUGGACCAGGCCUUCCAGAUGUUUCUCCAAAGGGCCAACAACACAUCUCAGGAGAACGCCAGCGAGGGGACCGCCGUGUUCGUGGGUGACCGCUUCAAGCCGAAGCCGGAGUUUCUUCAGACCCUGAAGCAGUCGUGCUUCACAGAUGGGUUCAAUGUGGACUUCAGCCAAACCACAGAAAGUGCUGAUAUUAUCAAUAAGUACGUGGAGGGGAAGACCAACGGGAAGAUUGACAAGCUGGUGGAAAACCUGGAUCCAGACACAGUCAUGUAUCUCAUCAGCUACAUCUACUACAAAGGAAAGUGGGCGACUCCGUUUGACCCUAAGCUCACCAGGCAGGACAACUUCAACGUGGACGAGAACACCACGGUUCCAGCCAUCAUGAUGAAUAUGGAGGAACGUUUCCACAUCUAUCACGACCGCGAGCUGAGGACAACAGUCCUUCAGCUCCCCUUCAACAGCUCCUACUCCAUGCUGCUGAUGUUGCCUGACGUCAUGUCAACGCUGGAGAACGCCAUCUCCCCGAACCACGUCACCAAAUGGUUGAAGGCUAUGGUGACACACAGGAGAUAUAAUGUAUAUAUUCCCAAGUUCUCCAUCAAGGCUUCCUACACCCUGAACGAUGUGCUGUCAGAAAUGGGAAUGACAGACAUGUUUGGUGAUCGUGCAAAUUUGAGAGGCAUUUCAGAGGAGCAAAGACUGGCAGUCUCAGAUGUAAGUAAACAGAGCAUAUUUUUUAUGUUAUUUCACACAUUCCAAUCGUCUGUCGUCUCACUUUCUCUCCGUUGCACUGCAGGUUGGGCUCAAAAAUACGCUGGAUGUGGACGAGACCGGAGCCACUGCUGCGGCCACCAAACGCAUCGGCAUCACACUGAUAUCUGCCCUCCCGGCCCCUGUGUUGAAGUUCAGUCGUCCAUUCAUGGUCAUCAUCACUGAACGUAACACGGAGAAAAUUCUCUUCAUGGGCAAGAUUAUCAACCCAACUAUCUGAUGGAUCAUCACUUUGUGUUUGCUGGAGCACAGCUAUUGCAUCUCAUAUAAAGGAGUCAGAAAAUCUU